ACCGCCGGGUCCCCUGAGCGCGCGAACAAAUCUGGCCUGGGCACCAUGCCGCGGCCCCCGCUGCCGGUACAGGAGGUGAUUCUAGCCCUGGUGCCCCUAGUGUGCGCUGUGGGUGUGGCGGGCAACGACAAGGUGGCCCUGGUGGUGGUCUGGAGCCGCCUUAUGAUCACACCCACCAACUGUUACCUGGUAAGUCUGGCCGCUGCGGAGCUGCUGGUGCUCCUGGCAGCGGGAGUGCCCACUGUGGCCAAGGUAAUGUCCGCCUGGGAUUGGGUCUUCAGCCGCAUGGGCUGCCUGGGCAUCACCUACCUGCAGUACGUGGGCAUCAACUCUUCCAGCAGCUCCAUCACGGCGUUCACGGUGGAGCGCUACCUCUGCAGUCCACUGCACGCCCGGGCGCCGUGCACAGGGGCGCGGGCCAAGCGCAUCGCGGCGCUCGUGUGAUUCGGCGCCGGUGCCUACUGCGUGCUCUGGCUCUUCCUUGUGCGGGUGCAGUGUGACUACCGCGUGUCGCGCUCUCUCUACCUGCCCCUCUACUUUCUCGACUUUGCGCUCUUCUACGCGCUGCCCCUGGGCCUGGCCACCGCGCUCUCCGCGCUCAUCGCACGCAACCUCUUCGUCUGCGGGUUGCCCACUGGCGGCCCCGGGCGCUCGGGCUCUGCUCAUCAGGGCGGCUCCGCCGGCCAAGCGUAG